UCCAGUCAUGGCGCUGUGGUGGUGCACCAAAGUCUUCUGCAGGUUGGCUGCAGCAUGGUUUCCCCUGCUCUUCUCAUCACUGCUGUGGCAAAUGAUCUCCCCUGUCUAUGCCAUCCCAUCCUGCCCGCGGAGCUGUAGCUGUCCAGGUGUAAAAGAGGUCCACUGUACGUUCAGACACCUCACUGCCAUACCAAAAACCUUCCCUAAAGACACAGAGAGGCUCAACCUGGGUUAUAACAGCCUGACGAAGGUGGAGGGGUCAGAAUUCAGGUCACUACGGAAACUGGAAAUGCUCAUGUUGCAUGGCAACGACAUUAGCACAGUCCACCCUGGGGCCUUUUACAGCCUAAGAUCACUACAGAUCUUGAAACUGAGUUACAACAAGCUAACAUCAGUAAACCCCAGUCUGUUUGAGGGUCUUGUUGGUUUGAUCCGUCUUCAUCUGGACCACAACCUUAUAGACUUUAUAGAGCCAUACUCCUUCUCUGGCCUGAUCUCCCUAAAACUCCUGCAGCUGGAAGGGAACCUCCUCAAAGAGAUCCACCCUCAUACCUUCAUAACAGUAACUCUGUUAGGAAGCUUUUGGACUUCUGGGCUCAAACACUUACACCUGUCAGACAACCUGUUGGAGCAACUUCCUGCUGCAGCACUGAAAACUGUUCCCAGGCUCGAGCUCUUCUCUCUUCAUGGUAACCCCUGGACCUGUGACUGUCAACUCCACUGGUUGGUAGACUGGAGCUCCACACAUCCAGGUGUAAUAAAGUGUAAGAAGGAACGUGGCUCCAGUGAGACUUGUCCCCAGUGCUCCUCUCCACAACCACUAAAUGGGACCCUUUUGCUGGGACUGACCGCAGACAAGCUUACCUGUGAACGGCCGGCUCUUCACUCUCCCCUCAAACAGUGGGAUAAUCCAGUGUGGGCUGAAUCUGAAGCAGAGCCUGACCUACCAUACACCAGGGACUUUGAAAAGCCUUUAGGCCACCUGAACUUUGUUCUCUCUGACAGCCACGGAAACCAUGCUCAUGUAGCAUGUAAUGUGCGUCACCCUGAAGACAGUCCAGCUAUGACUUGGACUGUAAAUCCACAUUCACCCGGGGAGGUAUCUGUCAAUGUCUCCCUGGUGACUGUCCUUGAGUGUGAGAUUGAUCGGGAGACAUUGCAAAAUCUAUGGCAACUGGUUGCAUAUUACUAUGAAACUCCUGCUAUCUUGGAGAGAGGUCAACAGAGAGAGGGAGGAAAUGCAAGCAAAGUAACCUAUCAGUAUGCCCAAGCUGUAAAUGAAAAUUCCCCAUAUUUCACAGAAUUAAAAGGAUAUUUGGAAGCAGAACCCCUGUGGCUGCUUCAACCCAGAGUCACUUUGAGGCUCAACAGAAAACAGACAUCAUCUAAGAAGCUGGUGAUGGAUUUCACUACUUUAAUCACCACACACAUCAACAGCCAUAGAGGGAAGGACAAUGACAAUGACUUCACUUCUUCCUGGGCAAUGAUUCGCAGAGGCACAGAAAGACGGGUUCAGACAACUCUUGAGGGUUCAAAGAUUCGCUUGGAGUGCAGUGUCAUUACUUCAGAUCCAGACGUUAAAGUCGAGUGGAUACUUCCAGAUUUGUCUGUUGCGGAGGAUGCAACCGAUAAAAUCAAAGUUUCUGAAAGAGGAGAACUUGAGAUUUUAAAUGUGACACUGUCUGAUUCUGGCCUCUAUCAUUGUAUGGUCAGAACCAAAGCUGGUGUUGAUUUGAUGCCUCUAAGGCUCACCGUCAAACAACACUCACUCAGUCCAACUGCUUUUAAUGGUCAGAAAGUUAUAGUUGAAAAGGGACAAUCUUUAAUACUUCCUUGUAAUGUGACCUCUGUCCAGCCCAGUCAAACUAUGUGGUACCUGCCCAGAAACCAAAUUCUUCUCCCCACACAACAAACAAGGCGAGCAGAAGUGAUAGAAAAUGGGACUUUGGUGGUGAGGAUAAUGGCACAAGAGGAUUCAGGUGAAUACAGCUGUUUGACCUCAAAUCUGUAUGGGGUGGACAUGCUGUCACACAUGGUGGAAGUCUCAGGAGAGAAAGCUUCUGAAAUUUCCAAAGUACAGACUGAGAGAGAGCAGCAGAUCUUGCCAGCUGGCGUGGAUGAAGGCGAAGGCUCAGGAGGAAACUACCAGGAAAUUAUACGCCCUUUUGCUACACAAUUGCCUAAGAAGACAGGAACACAGCAAAGGGAUUCCAGUGGGUUUUCAAAAAGGUUAAAUAUUAAAAAUUCAAAAAGAAAACCCAAUAAAUCAGUUAAGGAAUUAGAUCCAAAUCGCUGGGCAGAGAUAUUAGCUAAAGCUAAUGCUAAGCCAAGUGUUGCUCUGCCAACAGAGCAGUCACUAGAAGAGCCCAGCACUGUAACGGUCCAAACAAGAAAGUCCCAACCUAUUACUGAAAUUACCACUCCAAACAACUGUUCCCCCAACAACAACCACCACACCAACGACUACAACUACAACAACUACCACCACUACUACUACCACUACCACUACCACUGCCACUACCACAACACCUAUUGCAACCACAGUGGAAAACCAUGA